AUGGCCGAACUGAAAAUUUUUCUGGAAGGAUUUUCGAAGCAAAUGGAGACACUGGUCAAAUCAAUAGUUCAAAGCACCUGUCCCAGAUGUGGAAACAAAGGUCACCAUGCCAGAGAUUGUAGAUACAUAAAUACAAAGUGCAAUUUUUGUCAAAAGACUGGUCAUCUUGAAAAAGUUUGCUUAAAAAAAAAGUUUCAACAAAACAGUUCAGUUAGAAUUAUACAUUCUAUUCCUGGAAAUACACCUCUUCUUCAAAACAAUAAUUAUAACAAUGUUAUCACCAACAAUAUUGAUGAUGUAAACAACAAUCAUACCAAUAGUGACAACUUUAACAAUAACAUCAACAACACCAGCAACAACAUCAACAAUAACAACAACAGUGCCAACACUGUAGAUACCAAUGCUACAAUCCACAGCGCAAGUAUCAGUUGCAAUUGGAACAUCAUCAAUAGUGACAACCUUAACAACAACAUCAACAACACCAACAACAACAGCAUCAACAACAACAACAGUGCCAACACUGUAGAUACCAACGCCACAACCCACAGCGCAAAUAUCACUUGCAAAUGGAACAUCAUCACAAGAAGCAAGAAGAACCACAGCGAUGAUAAUAAUAAUAAUAACGUUAACAAUAAUAAUAAUAAUAAUAAUAACGUUUUUAAAUAUUGUCAAAAUAAUAUUAAUAAUAUGUAG